UCUAGACUUUUAAUCAAGAAAAAAUAAUAUAAUUUUUACUUUUACCCACGCAUGUUCACGUGUUUUUCAUAAAUUUAUCACUUAUUGUGACACGUAAGAUGAUGACAUAGAUUAUCAAAAUUAAAAACUGAUAAUAAUUUAGAAUUAACGAUAUAAUUAUUUUUAUCUUAUCUUAUUCUUUUAAAAUGAAAGUUGCUAUGACGAUUUUUGUCACCGUUGGAACUACAAAAUUUGAUAAAUUAAUAGAAACUGUUAUGAAAGAUGAUAUUUUAAUGGAACUAAAUAAAAGAGGAUAUAGUCGUUUAAUUCUACAAAUUGGUAAUACAAAUUUAAUGCCAGAUUGUACUCCAAGAUGUGGUUUUAAUCAUAUUGAAAUGUUUAAUUUGAAACCGUCAAUCAACGAAUACAUGAAAUCCGCGGAUUUAAUAAUUAGUCAUGCUGGUGCUGGCAGCUGUUUAGAAGCUCUAGAGGCAAAUAAACCACUUAUCGUUGUAACAAAUGAUUUAUUAAUGGAUAAUCAUCAAUCAGAACUUGCUGAACAAUUACACAAAGACAAACAUUUGCUCCAAUGCACAUGUGAUACACUUUUACAAGUCUGUAAAACAAUGCAUUUAUCACAACUAGAAAAAUUUGUAGAUGAUAAAAGCCCAAAGAUUGCCAAGAUAAUUGACGACAUAAUGGGUUUCUCAUAACAUUCACUUACUCUCCUAAAAAUUAAUAAUUUUUUAAAUUAUUUAAGUUUUAUUUUUUUAUUUUUCAACAUUACUUACAACAAGCGCAUUGUGAUUUGAUAACAUUUUAUAGAAACAUGCUCUUUUUAAUAAGUAAAUCGCGAUAAUAUCAAAUUAAAUAUGUUUUCUCACCUCCGGGCGGAAAGUGCAACUUUCGUCCCGCUGUGCAAAACGAAGUUGCCGCUUUCCGCCUCCGUCGAGGAGAAAAAUAGUAUACACUCCUCGGGAAGUAAAUAAGAAAGCCUCAGAUCACAUGUUUGUUGAUCUCGGCUUCGCCUCGGCCAACAAUUACAUGUGAUCUGAGACAUUUCUUACUUUACUUCCCUAGGUGUGUAAUAUACUAUAAAUUAUAUUAGUUAUUAGUUUUUUUUUUCAAUGGCUUAAAUAAAGUUUCACUUUUUUGUUUUUGUUUUUAAUAAGAAGCGUGAAACUACAUUAUUGAAUUACUUUCAACAUAUUAUAAUCCGAUAAGGAUUUAAACACUGUACAAUUUUUAUUAUUAAUAAUUAAUAUAUUAUUAUUAUUAUAAUUAUUAUAAUUAAUAUUAUUAAUAUGUUGCUUUUAUUAUAUUAUAUGGAUAGAGUUUGUUGACACAUUAAUUUGAUAUAUACUUUCAAAAUAUUUUAACGUAUUGAAUCUAUUUAUUUAUUUUAAACUUGAAAAUUGCGUCAACAUUCGUCCUUAUAUCAAUAAUUAUUUUUUUUUUUCGUUUGUUAUUCUUCCAAACGAUAAA